CGAUUCAAACAAGUGGGAACACUCCUAUCAAUAUGGUUCCAAAUUUCGAACUCAAGCAACGUUAAGACUUACUUUUAUUCAUCUUAAGAGGCAUCUUUGAUCCCUUUUUCAAGAGGGAACUGCGUCAAAGAUGCUUUCCAAGACGAAUAAAAGUAAGGUCUAACAAAGUCAGACUUCUUGCCAAUAGCCUAUCCUGAGAAAAGCGAUCCGGAGACAGUGUUGGUACACGACACACGCAUGAAGUUGGAGCAUUUGUUAUGCUUCCAUGAUAACCACUAACUCUUUUUAGCUUGAUAGCACAGACACAAAACUGUUUCGUAGCUGUACACCAUAAUAACCACUAACUCUUUAUUUUAACUUGAAAUGAUAGCACAAAGAACACUAAAGUGUUUCGUAGCACACAUGCCGCAGCAUUCCUGCUAGCGAGCAAAACCAGCGGCCCCAAGCUCUUCUAAGUUCAACCGCAGUAGCUCACAACAGAGCAGGUGGAAGUCGAGCAGCUGAUUUGCUGGCUUGUGCGAGUUCUCACCUUCGCGGGAUAGACCCUUGGCCACACAUUCAUCCUGCAGGUGUGGGAAGUUUCUAGGUAUUGACUGGCAGAUAUUCUUCAGAAUCUACGGAAAAACAAAAACAGUUGAUGGCUACAACUAAUCCGAACACAGCAACUUUGAGGCCCUUUUGGCAGUCUUGUUUGAUGCAAACUACAGACACUCACGACUUCUUCUGAUUCCUUUUCAGCAUAACUACGCUGGAU